CACGUUUCCUAACCUAUAAAAACACGUUUGAAACGUUUUCUCUGAAUGUUUAUUAUUUAUCAAACCUAGUGUUAAUUAUCAAUUGAAAAAUGUGUGAUUUGUUAAAAACAAUAGACGACGAUGAAGAAGUGGAGAAUUUUUCGGAAGAUUCGGAUAUUGAAAUCGACUUCCAACCGAAAACCGUGAAGAAGCAACGGCAAGAAAAACUGCAACGUCAAGAAUUCGAUACGAAUUUUUCAUUUGAUGUCGCCACCGUUCAAAAUUCGGAAAGUCAAAACGAUAAUUUUUUGUCCAAACUGACAAAACGAAACAUAAAUCAGACGAAAAUUCAAAAGAAAAUUGACGAAUUUUUGCAUAACAAAAAGAAGAAUAAGAUCAAUAAUAACAAUGAAGGGAAAGAAAAGGACGGGAACGAUGGAGAGGAUGAUGAAAACGAGAAGGAGGAGGAGGUGGAGGAGGAAGAUGAGGAUGAUGAAGAUUAUCUAUCAGAAGAUGAUUAUCAGCCUGACAAAUUGAAAACUAAAACGAAGAAUGUAAAGUCAAAGAAACACGAUAACACAACAAUCACUCAUUUAAAAAAGGAGGAGGACGGUAACGAGGACGAAAUUACUAGUUUCAAUCAGCUGAAUUUAUCGCGGCCUUUAAUAAAAAAAUUGACCGAAAUGAACAUAAUUCACCCGACACAUAUCCAACAGUUGACGAUUCCAGAAAUAUUGGCGGGAAACGAUGUGAUAGCCUCAGCUUCUACCGGAACGGGAAAAACGCUAUCGUUUCUGCUUCCGGUUUGCGAACGUCUCUUUUAUAAAACGGAUGACGGCGCCAAAACGAGAGUCCUAAUUCUGGUACCCACCCGUGAGUUGGGCGUGCAAAUUUACGAGACCGGAACGAAAAUCACCGAGGGACGAAUCAGUUUCGGUUUGAGCGUCGGCGGAUUGGAGGUGAAGAUCCAAGAAAGCGUUCUGAGAAAGAGUCCGGAUGUGGUCGUCGCGACGCCUGGAAGAUUGAUCGAUCAUUUGCACAACGCACCCAAUUUCUCGCUCAAACACGUCGAAAUACUGAUUUUGGACGAAGCCGAUCGGCUGUUGGAUCAGAAUUUUUCGCAGCAGUUCGACGAGAUUCUGCGACAUUGCGCGCCAAGUCGGCAAACGCUGCUUUUCACCGCCACCUUGACCGACAACGUGCAGUCGAUAGUCGAGAAAAUGCGUCGUCCGAAAACGAUCGACACCGUUUCGGUGUUGAACAAUUUGCGACACGAGUUCGUGCGCAUCAGAGACGAGAACGAUCGAAUGAGUGUUUUGUUUGCGUUGGUUUUGCGAACGUUCACGGAAAAAUGUAUCGUGUUUACGAACACGAAAAACGAGGCGCACGAACUUUAUCUGAGUCUGAAAGUGCUGGGCCUGAAGGUGGGCGAGUUGCACGGAAACAUGACGCAGUUGCAGCGUCUGAACUCUUUGCACUCCUUCAAGACUAACGUUUGUAACUUUUUAGUGUGCACCGACGUCGGCAGUCGCGGUUUGGAUAUCGCCAACGUGCAAACCGUCAUCAACCUGACCAUGCCCAACAAUCUGGAGAGUUACCAGCACAGAGUGGGCAGAACUGCACGUGCCGGAAAAUGCGGUGUCGCCGUCAGUCUGGUCGGCGAGAAGGAUCGAAAUCUGACGAAGAGGAUCGUCAAAAUCGUGUCGAAAGGUGUGAAAUGCAGGAAAAUUGUCGAUUCGGUCAUGGCGAAGAUGCGACAGGAAACCGCCAGAGUCGCAGCCGAAGUGAAGAUCUUGGUCGAGAUGGAGAAGGUCGAGAGGGAGGCGGAGAAACUGUUGAAGAAGCAGCAACAGAACGAGAAGGAAAAGAAGGAGGGGCCGAAGGAGAAGAGGAACUUUAUGGCGAAGCCGAACGAAAAGUCGAAAGAGAAGAUGAAUGUGAAGAAGAAGAAGCGCAAAGAAAAGACGGACGAAGAUUCGCGUUUGCAAAGGACGGCGUUUAUUCAGUCGAAGAUUGCGAAGAGGAAAGGGAAACAAGGGAAAAUCCGAACGGUCGAGGAGACGAAAUCGCAAACGACGUCGGGGAAAAAGAGAAAGUCGAACUUUGGAGAUUUGACGAACGUUUCGCAGAAACAGGUGAAGAAAUUAAGGUACGAAGCGGGCAAGAAGAGGAUGGAAGGAAAGAGAGGCAAGAAGAGUAAGAAAUAGUUUGGGUCGUCGCGAUGUCGCGGCCGUGUGAUUGCGUUGUUGUUAUUCCAUUGUAUAAAUGUUUAAGUUUAAAUAAAUGCAUUCAUCAAUCAA